AAUCGCAGCAACAAAAAUGGCCGGUCGGCUUGGUUGAAAUUUCUCAUAUUCUCGUGCAUUUCAGAACUUUAUAGAUUAUUGGACAGUUUACUAUCAAAAGCACCAUCAAAAGGGUUUAUUUCGGUAGUGCUGGCAUUUAAACGUCUAGAAAAUGACACGAUACCGUGGCAGAUCGGCCUCCCCAAGGCGACGCAGCCGCAGAAGCCGAAGUCGAUCUCGAAGACGAAGUCGAAGUCGUGGACGACAAAGGUCCAGAUCCAGAUCCCAAUCGCGAGGAUACCGUAGAUCCGGACAUCGAUCCAGGUCAAGGUCACCAAGGCCCAGGUCUCCUCCAAGAUCUUCACAACGAUAUGGAUCACCUCGCCGCAGGACACCACCACCGAAGUCACCUCCAAGACAACCGAUUCGCUCACCUCCUCACCCCUCCAACCGUGGGCCUCCUCAAGAGCGGAGGGAUUAUCCUCCAGAGAGGGCAAGGCCAAGGGACGAACCCCAUCGGGCUAGCCCACCCCCGUACAGCCAACCACGCUCGAGAUCUCCACGGCAUGAUGAACCCCCAAACCGUUUAUCGCCAUCACCGAGGGAAUGUGAUUCUUUUCAACAGUUGAGGGACCGUGAGCGCCAGACAGAACGUGAAUGGGUGCCUAGAAGAGAGAGCCCGCCACCAAACUACAUGGAAGACGUCAUGAGAGGAUUACAUCAGCCAAAGAAUGUACCAUCGUCGCCCCCACAAGCUAGGUCACCACCACGGAAAGAUGCUAGAACCUCAUUCAGGGGUCGCUCAGCAUCCCCUCCACCACGUAGUUAUUAUCGCCAACAAGAUGAGGGAUACAGAGAGCGCAGAUCCCCCGUUCGUUCUCGAAUGGAUCCGGAGCGAUUGCGAGAGAGACCGUCAAGACGCUCUCUCGAGUCUCAUGAAGAAUCCAGGCAUCACGAUGUCGUAUCUAGUAGUACAGGUGCCCAACAGAGACAAAAAGUUUUGCUUAGCUACCGUUUUAAGGAUGAACAUUCUGACAGGCCGAUUAAGGUUGAAGAAAAUAUCACGGUAGAAAUUCACCGGAAGGUUCAAGGUGAACCGGUCUCAUAUAUCAAUCGGGCUUACAAUCCCGAUGAGGUGGUCAUCAUUCGUAGAAAAGACGAAGGCUUGAAGCCGAUAUUUGAUCGUGAGGAAUUACGUAAUGCUCACUACCCCGAGGAGGAGGAGGUGGAGACACGAGUGAUUAAAGUUGUCAAGAAAAAGGAAACAUCGCAUUAUCGUGAUGACGAUAGAUUUAGGUCGGCAACAGAUCAUAGCCGUAGAUAUCCUGGUGCUGGAGAUCAAGGUAUGCGCAUUGAACUGAGGAUGGGGAGACCACGUUCACCAGAGGUCAGGAGGGAUGAACGUGGGAGAAGUCCAGACCGUGGGUCAGAGCGUCGAGUGACAAGCAGGGAUCGCUUAGGAGAGAGGCGACCGAUAGACAGACGCAUCAGUUUUGAUCGUAACCGGGCCGAAAAUCCAACGGAUCUACGCAACAGCUUAAACAGACGUCGGGAUGACAGCAAUAGAGAUUCGAGACAAGUCAUAACAGAUUCUAGGGAAUUUCGACGUCCUGCUCCCGGAGGUCAAAAAAUCUUUGUGACAGGUAUCAGAGAUCGAUUAGGAGGGCGUGGAGGUCGUAUGCCGAGGUCAGAUACUGCCCCGCUGCCAGAUUUCUCACGGCGUCCGGACAAGUUUCGCUAUGAAGAAUGGAUGGACAAGCCCGAGAUGGUCCCUAAAGGCAUUUCUUAUUUUGAGCACGAUAAUCGUGGUGACCAGGGGUCGUCUGAUUACUGGGCAAGAAGGGGCCGUGGACGCGGUCGAGGAGGUUUCCGGGGCCGUGGUCAGCGAGGAGGAGGAGGCUACAGCUACAGAGAGAGGGCAGGAGAGAGUUCCAGUGGGAAGUGGAAGCAUGAUAAAUUCCGGGACGAGGCAGAAACAGCCCAAGCACAAGAGGACAAUAAACCCUCCAGCACGACAGAAAACAAGUAACUUGCAAAUUUCCUGAGCUAUGUUAUCAGGCCAUGGUCUACACUGCCGGCACGGAAAAUCAGACUUUUUCAAAGACUUUAGUAUUUCGAAUUCAAGCUGCUUCAAGGAAAAAUGAGGCAGCGCAUGUGGGAAGAGAAAUAUCUCUGUUAUUCUUGGUAUCAGGUCAUCUGUUGCUGCGAACAGAGCAAAUUUACAUGUGAGCCCCUCAGGACGAUAGUGGUCUAACUCCACUUUUGGUAGUUUUGAGAAAACGCCUGACAAAGUCUAGAGGUCAUAAAAAAUCAGCUGACCAUGAUUAAUAUCAUCCUCAUUGGCACAAUUUGAAAUCUUGGAACUUCCUUUGUCUUGGCCCUAAAUCCAUUUUGAUUUGAAUAACCGUAUUCAAAAUUUUGAUCGAUUUUUUUUCCCACAAUUUGUGAAUUGAUGAGGGCCUGAUCUAUGGAUGACUUCAACUUGGAACUUCUGGCUGUAGCCAUCUGUAAAUUUGUACUGAUAGCUGAUUGGUGAUUAAUGAUCAAGAUGUGAUAAUAUUGCUGUUUGACUAGAAAAGUACAUGUAUGGUCUACUGAAAAUCACUCCAGGCAUAUACUUUAAUUCCUUGCGAAUAAGAACCGAUCCUGGCCACCAGUGAGGCCUAACUUGUCCCGCCCACGACAUGUGAGUAGGCGUGCUUGAUUUGACUACAUGAAUAGGCUUCGGGAAUUGACAUAAAGGGGAAUUCUUAAUCGAUGUCGUUGACUUGUGGUCAAAUCCCACCAUGUUAACCCUUAGUAUACCAUAAUGGGAAAGAUGGUUACAGACUGUUUCAAUUUUAUGCUCGGCAGGGUGACGUCGGUGAAGGAAUUUUGAAUGCAUUUUAACCUCUAAGAAAAAAGCAAGUUUUGCGGAUGCCUGCAAGAAACAAGAUUUGAUGUGGUCAUUUAAUGGCAAAAUGAACACUUCUACAGGGUAGCCCAAAAAAGGUAAUGGCAUGAGACGGCUUCAAGAAGCCUGCAGGUCCUGUUAUUCAUCAGGGUCCUCGACAAGGUCUUCCUCUGGCAGGUUAAAAAAUUCUAGUCCCUCAUCGACGUCCCCAGCAGGUUGUUCGAGAUCUUCUGCCCCAACCAGUGGAACCCCACGCCCAAUACCAGCAGCAUGAAAUGAAUUUUGCACCACCUGUUCGGGUACUUCCUGCCAUGCGUCUCGGACAAGGCGUGUCACUUCUAAAAUUGAAAUCCUUGGACAAUUUCCAUCCGGCGUCGUGUGUUCCUGUUUCCACAAUCUCCAUAGCAGACGAAGACGGACUUUGAAGCUGUGGAUGACAGAAACAUCCUAGGGCUGCGCAAUGGGGGUACAACCUGGUGGAAUAAACUCAAUAACACCGCCAUUCUCAAUGAUGAGAAGGGCAACUUCUUCUGUAAGAUGCACACGGCAGCGAUCCCAUAUGAGAAGGAAAGGUAGAUACCCGUCUUCCUGGUCGUCCUGGUCCUGAUGCAUGAAGGGGAUGAACACCUCUCCGAGGUAAUCUAACAUAACAUUUGCUCUCAUCCACCCCGUUGGUGAUUGUGCCACGACUACAUCUUCAGGCAGAUUGUCUUGAAGCUCUUGCCAUGCGGCUGCAGUUGGACGUCUGAAGGUGAUGUGCGGGGGUAAUUUUCCCCCUGCCAUUGUGACUGCUAAAGUGACGGUACAUCCCAGCCUAGGAUUGCCCCACGAAGAUUUGAUAUCAAUCUGUGUUGCCCCUGUUCGGUUGUAGGUAUAACUGCCAUGGUUGUCAAAAAGGGUGAAAACCUCGUCUACAUUUGCCACUUGAUAAUCUUCAUAAUGUUCAUGCUGUUCAUGCACGCUUUCCCUAAAUGCAGCUACUAGGGCGUCAGCAUUAUCUGGCACCUGUCGGCUGUCCUUGGUCUUCCUUCUAAGGGAGAUGCUGUACCUUUUCUUAAACCCUGAUAACCAGCCAUUUGAUGCUGUAAAGUGAGAUUUCCGUGGGUAAUCGUUCAAUAUACGGGUCUGUUCUGCAAUAGCCAAUCCAACCCACCACUGUUGAUACAGUUCCCUCGAUGCAUCUUUGAUGUUGUGAUGUGAUAUCGCCAUUCCCAGGGCACGCCUCUCAUCGAGCCAAUCAGCUAGGUCUGCCUCCAUCUCUUCGUAUAGGCCUAAAAGAUAACAGUUCAUUUUACUCUGUCAGCAAAUCACUAAAUUUGUUCUUUGCCACAUUCCAUGCAAAAAUGCAUCCUUCAGUUUCCCUUCACUUUAGCUGUACCCUUAAUGUUCAGGGGGCUUUGCCAUGGUUCCCUAGACUUACCAGUGCCACGUUCUCUCCACGCUAAUUCUGAACCCUUGGCUUUUGACGAUGCUCUAUGAUGAUGAAUGUCAUCCUCACUCAUUAACCAUUUCAUCAUUGUAGAUUUUGGCAAACGGUUUGUGAUGGCAAACGCUCCCACGGUUUCAUUACCGGCAUGGAAGUCAGCGAGAAGCUUUACUUUUUCGCGCAGAGUGUAGCGCCUGCGUCUUCUAGGAUGUUCAGCCAUAGUGCAGACAGACAAUCCCAGAAUUACCCUUCCUUUUAUUCUCAUCCUGGUCCACAUAACCAUUUCAGCAUUUCAGUAACUAACAUGUCUCAUUGCAUCACAGAAGAAACCACAGAUUGUGUCACGCAAUAACUGGUGCUAGGCCUGGUCUCGCCUAUAUGCAUAUGAAUGGCAAGGGCGGCUGUCGUAUGCAUUAUGACAUUGGUGGAUCUGCCCAGACAAAAAUGGCCGCUGGUUCUUAUUCGCAAGGUAUUAAAGUAUUUCGUUUUAAAAAAGGAAAUUGCAUGGUGCUUGAUUGCAAUGUUGUACGAGCAAAACCCCUGCCACCACUUCGCUAGCCGGCUCUCAACGAGGGCAAUGUAUUAUAUAUCAGAACAGAUGAAUUCUAGCGCUACUUUGGCGGUCAUCCUGUGCCGAAGUCGCUCAUUGGAGCUAGGCCAACUGAAUACAAACAUGACAUAUGGACAUUAUUUACAAUGAAAUACAGUGUAAUAUAAAAAUUUUGUGUACAGCCUUUUCAGGUUGACCUGCACAAAGUGCCGUUCUCUCACCAGGACUAAUGAUUGUAGGACGUUUUAAACAUCAAUGUCUUGAGAAGUGUUUCCAGUUUUCAACUGGUUACUGUAUUAGCUGCCAUGAUGUUACUACAUGUAGGCAGCUGAUUAUUCAAUAAUGAUAAGACAACUAUUUUGUCGAUAGAGUAGUUUGUAAGAAUCAAUGGGUGAUAUGAAUAAAGUCUAGCAAAUGCUUUUACUCCGGUU